CACUGCACUACCAACGAGAGAACCGUGCCGUCUAGUAGGGCGCAUACCGGCGUUUAUCACCGUAUCUCGGUACACGGUCAGUCGAAACCCGCGUACGUAAUAUCCCAGAUCGCGUUUUACAAUCCUCGGUGGAGGGCAGGUGCGACCCUCGUUUCGCGAUUGACCCACCGGAUUUUUCUAAACUACCUGCAGUUUUUUUUAUAAUACGUAUAUUUUAGUAUAUAACAAGGAAGGGGCGAAGAGGAGGAACAAGUUCAUCGGUUCCUUAUUGAAGAGAGGAGAAGUAAAUUCGUAAUACGACCGGUGCGCGACACAAGGAUCCGGGAUAAACGAUUUCGAAGAAAAAGGUGCAACAUAUAAUUCACAGUGAUUUUUUGGAUAAUUCAUCUGUCUCGUCGGAAUUCAGCUGGGAGUCGAGAACCAAACGCCACCCAUGCUUUAGUGAAGGUGAAAUCAAGGAAGAAAGCCGGGCCGCAAGAUGUGGCGCGUAAUAGUCAGCGCACUUCUCCUGGCGGUGCCAGCUAGGUCGAAGGUGUCCGUCUUGCCCCACGAUGUCUACCCGGGCUUCGAGGUGAAGCAGCUCCACGGGGCGGGUCGGGAGCCGUCGAACUACCGGCUGCUGGAGACGGGAUUCUCAAAGUACUUCGCGGUCCUUGACAACGGGAUGGUGAUGACAACCUCGGAUCUUACGCCGCUGGUGAACCGGCCGGUGAACCUGAUCGUCCUCGAGGAGCUGGGCAACCGGACCCAGACCCACGACCUCCACCUCUACGUCCUCGACAGGAAGAACAUGCUCACAUUCUCUCACGGGCAUCUGGGCGACGGCGAGGUGGCGGAAAACGCCCCGGCGAAGACGGUGGUCGUCGGUUUCCCGAUGCUACACGCGUCCGGGAACUUCCCGGUCCACUACAAGAUCUUGCCCGAAGUCGGCGACAGGCCCUUCGUUUUGAUGGACACGCGGACCGGGAACACGGGCCCUAAUUUGACCCUGAAAAGCUCGGGCCAGGGGGUUAGAGUCGUGACGUCGAGACCCUUGGACCGCGAAACGAAGCAGAGUUACACGGUGGUCAUCCACGCCUCCGACUCCGACUUCAUAAGCAGGUCCAAGAUCAGCGGGCGAGUUACGGUACUGGACGAGAACGAUAACAGCCCGGUAUUCGAGAGCGAGGUCUACAGGUUCGUCAUAAAACCGACGAACCUCGGGGCGUCGCCGAACGACGCGGUUGCCGAGUGGAAGAGGUUCUCCACUAUCGGCAAGGUGCGGGCGACCGACGCGGACGGCGACAAACUCGCCUACAGGCUCGUCGCGCCCAGCAAUCUCGUCGUGAUCGUACCGCAAACUGGGGAGAUCCUCUUGACGGGAGACCCUCAGAGCUCGUUGGAGGAGGACAUGGAGGUGGAAAUCAUGAUCGAGGCCCACGACGUUAGAACGCCAAGCAGGAUCAGCGAGAAGCCGGCGAAGGUCCUUCUGCAAUUUGUCACAUCGAUACCGAUUCGGGAGGAGCAUAGAAUCGAGAAACGACGUGUCACCAGAGCCGUAAGACCCACGAAGAAGGUGGAAUUCAGCGAGACCAGCGGCGAGGAAGAAGGUAAAGUCGUGUUUCAGCUUGAGAAGGAAACCGAGAGGGAAACGUUCAAGAUCAAGGAUGAGAAUCAGUGGGUCACCGUCACGGCAAACGGAUCCGUAAGGGUCCGACAGAAGUGGGACUACGAGGAACUUGGGCCCGAGAAAACCAUUGACUUCUGGGUCAUAAUCAAUAACGCAGGCAUUGGUGCAGCACUGAAAUAUACUGAUAAUCAGCGCGUUAUCAUCCACGUCAAAGACGUCAAUGACGAACCACCCCGAUUUAUCAAUCGACCAUUGCCCAUGCAAGCCGUGGUUCAGCUGAACGCGCCACCGAAUACUCCGGUCUUCACACUCCAAGCAAGAGAUCCUGACACAGAUCACAACAUUCAUUAUUUUAUCGUCAGGGAUCGAACCGGCGGUCGAUUCGAAGUAGACGAGCGAUCAGGUGUCGUGCGGACUCGAGGUACGGAUCUAUUUCAAUUGGACAUGGAAUACGUCCUGUACGUCAAAGCCGAGGAUCAGAACGGACGAGUGGACGACAGGCGGUACCAAUCCACCCCCGAAGAACGACUCUCCAUAGUCGGUGGGAAACGGGCUCCUCAAUUUUACCUGCCAUCUUACGAGGCCGAGAUACCAGAGAAUCAGAGAAAGGACUCCGACAUAAUAUCGGUGAAGGCGAAGUCUUUCGCCGACAGAGAAAUUCGCUACACCUUGAAAGCCCAGGGUCAAGGGGCUGGGACUUUUAACAUCGGUCCGACUUCUGGCAUAGUGAAACUGGCCAAGGAAUUGGACUUCGAGGACGUCAGACAGCCCCACGUUUAUUCGUUAGUCGUAACAGCAACGGAAGACUCGGGAGGAUUUUCAACGUCCGUCGAGCUCACUAUUAGAGUAUCGGACGUCAAUGACAACGCCCCGAAAUUCGAGCUGCCUGAUUAUCAGGCUCACAAUGUCGACGAGGAUAUUCCGCUCGGUACCAGCAUCCUGAAAGUCAAAGCGAUGGACUCGGACUCCGGGACGAAUGCGGAGAUAGAGUACAUCGUCUCGGAUGAUCACUUCAGCGUUGACUCGAACGGUAUUAUAGUCAACAACAAGCAACUCGAUGCCGACAACAACAAUGCCUAUUACGAGUUCAUCGUAACCGCCAAAGACAAGGGAGAGCCGUCGAAAACGGGAACGGCGACGGUGCGGAUUUACACGAAGAAUAAAAACGACGAGGAGCCAAAAUUCUCGCAGCAAGUUUACACUCCGAACGUAGACGAGAACGCGGGUCCGAACACGUUGGUCACCACGGUGGUCGCCUCGGACAAAGACGGGGACACGGUGAGGUUUGGUUUUGUCGGUGGCGGAACGUCGGCGGGUCAGUUUGUGAUCGAGGAGAUAACCGGGGUGAUUCGUCUCCACGGUAAAUCGAUUUCCCUCGACCGAGACAAGUACGAGUUGAACGUGACCGCUCUCGACGACGGGGCCUGUUGCCUGAACGGUGACUCCACCAUCCACACGAGCACCGCGGUCGUCGUCGUCUUCAUAACGGACGUCAACGACAACAAGCCGGUCUUCAAGGACUGUGGAACCUACUCCCCGAAGGUCGAGGAAGGUGCUCCGAACGGCAGUCCCGUCAUCAAGGUCCAGGCAACAGACCAGGACAAGGGUGUCAAUGGGCAGGUGAAAUACUCGAUUGUACAGCAGCCGAAUCAGAAGGGGACAAAAUUCACCGUCGACGAAGAAACAGGCGAAGUCUCAACCAACAAGGUAUUCGACCGGGAAGGGGAUGAUGGGAAAUUUGUAUCCGUCACAGUGAAAGCGACGGAUCAAGGAGAGCCGUCGCUCGAAGGCGUUUGUUCGUUUACAGUUGAAAUAACGGACGUCAAUGAUAACCCGCCGCUGUUUGAUCGGCAGAAAUACGUUGAGAAUGUGAAACAAGAUGCUAGCACUGGGACAAACAUAUUGAGAGUUUCGGCCUCCGACGAGGAUGCCGAUAAUAACGGUGCUAUUGUUUACACGCUAACCGCACCGACGAAUCCACUCGAUUUGGAAUACUUUGAAAUACAACCAGAGUCUGGUUGGAUCGUUCUAAAGAAAGCUCUCGACGGCUGUUUUCCACGAGACAGGUAUCGCCUGAGAGUGCGGGCAUCCGACAGAGGGACGCCACCCUCGUAUGCAGACGUGGACGUUGAGUUAGACGUCGUAGACAGAAACAAUAAACCUCCUGUGUGGGAUUCUAGUGUAUACGGCCCCAUUCACAUCAAAGAAAAUGUCACAGUGGGUACAAUAGUGACGUCAGUAAAAGCCAGCUCUGGCAUCGAGGGAAACCCGAGAGUAUUUUACAGCCUAAUGCCAGGAUCAACAGCCCAAACGAACAAGUUUAACACAUUCUACCUACAGCAAAGGGCGGACAAGGGCUUCACUUGGGCCGAUAUAAAAGUAAAUCAUCCCUUGGAUUACGAGAGCAUAAAGGAGUACAAUCUUACGAUUCGUGUCGAGAACAACGGGGCUCAGCAACUCGCCUCUGAGGCAACGGUACACAUAAUGCUCGAGGACGUGAACGACGAGAUUCCCUUGUUCACCGAACGGGAACAGGAAACCGUUCUGGAAGGGGAACCGAUCGGGACGAAAGUUACCCAAGUAAACGCGAUCGACAAGGACGGUACUUUCCCGAAUAACGAGGUGACGUAUUACGUGGUGGAGAGCGACAGGAACGAAGGAAAAGACUUUUUCGAAAUAAAUCAGCAGUCGGGCGAAGUCUUUACGAAGAUUGUAUUCGAUCGAGAGAAGCAGGGAGCUUACGCCCUCGAAGUCGAGGCGAGGGAUGGCGCCCCUUCCGCCCGACCGAACAGCAACGGGCUUCCUAACUCUGUUACGAAAUUCAUACGCAUUGGUAUAGCAGACAAGAACGACAAUCCGCCGUACUUCGACAAAGCUUUAUACGAGGCAGAAGUAGACGAAAAUGAAGAUAUCCAGCACACGGUUCUCACUGUCACCGCCAAAGAUCACGAUGAGUCCUCGCGUAUUCGAUACGAGAUCACGAGCGGUAACAUAGGCGGUGCCUUUGCUGUAAAAAAUAUGACGGGGGCAAUAUACGUUGCCGGGGCGUUGGAUUACGAAACGAGGAAGAGGUACGAGCUGCGUCUGGCUGCGUCGGAUAAUCUAAAAGAAAAUUACACGACGGUUGUCAUCCACGUGAAAGACGUGAACGAUAAUCCGCCAGUCUUUGAACGGCCAACUUACAGAACGCAAAUAACGGAAGAGGACGACAGGAAUUUGCCGAAGCGCGUUUUGCAGGUGACUGCGACCGACGGGGACAAAGACAGGCCCCAAAAUAUCGUUUACUUUUUGACCGGUCAAGGCAUUGAUCCGGACAAUCCGGCGAAUAGCAAGUUUGACAUAAACCGCACGACCGGAGAAAUAUUCGUGCUAAAGCCGCUGGACAGAGACCAGCCGAACGGAAGACCGCAAUGGCGAUUCACGGUGUUCGCCCAGGACGAGGGUGGCGAGGGGCUCGUCGGCUACGCGGACGUGCAGGUCAACCUGAAGGACAUAAACGACAACGCGCCGAUAUUCCCGCAAGGCGUAUACUUCGGUAAUGUGACGGAAAAUGGAACGGCAGGCAUGGUCGUCAUGACCAUGACAGCGGUUGACUACGACGACCCGAGCGAAGGGACGAACGCCAAGCUGCUCUACUCGAUCGAGAAAAACGUUAUCGAGGAGGAGACCGGCUCUCCGAUUUUCGAAAUCGAGUCAGACACCGGCGUUAUCAAAACCGCGGUCUGCUGUCUGGACAGAGAAAGGACCCCCGAUUACUCUAUACAAGUCGUGGCGAUGGACGGGGGAGGGUUGAAAGGGACCGGGACCGCGUCGAUACGCGUCAAGGACAUUAACGAUAUGCCUCCUCAAUUCACGAAGGAUGAAUGGUUUACCGAAGUCGAUGAAACGGACGGUUCAAAUUUACCCGAAAUGCCCAUCUUGACCGUCACCGUUCACGACGAGGACGAAACGAACAAAUUCCAAUACAAGGUUAUCGAAAACAGCGGUUAUGGUGCGGACAAAUUCACAAUGGUAAGAAACAACGAUGGUACAGGUUCCCUGAAGAUAGUACAGCCAUUGGACUACGAAGACUUGCUCCAGAGCAACGGUUUCAGGUUCAGAAUUCAAGUGAACGAUAAGGGUGAGGACAACGACAACGACAAAUAUCACGUGGCGUAUUCGUGGGUAGUGGUGAAAUUGAGGGACAUAAACGACAACAAGCCACAGUUUGAUCGUUCGAACGUUGAGGUAUCGGUGGCCGAAAAUGCUGAGAUUGGCAUGAGUUUGGAAACGUUUAAGGCGACGGAUCCCGAUCAGGGUGGGAAGAGCAAGGUGUACUACACGAUCGACCGGAGCUCGGACCGCAAGAGGCAAUUCUCGAUCGACGAAGGCGGAACAGUGUCGAUCCAACGGAGCCUGGAUCGUGAAGAAACACCGAGGCAUCAAGUCAAAAUACUCGCCAUAGACGACGGCAUUCCUCCCAAAACGGCGACCGCAACCCUCACGGUUAUAGUCCUCGACAUAAACGACAACCCGCCGACGUUCUUGAAAGAUUACCGGCCGGUAGUUCCUGAGCAUAUUCAGCCGAAGAAAGUCGUUGAGAUUUUAGCCACCGACGACGACGACAGGUCCAAGAGUAACGGGCCACCGUUUACUUUCAGGAUGGACCCCAACGCAGAUGACGUUAUAAAGGCUUCGUUCAGGGUCGAAAGUGAUACCAAGGGUGCAAACGGCGACGGAAUGGCGGUGGUAUCGUCGCUUAGAUCGUUCGAUCGAGAACAGCAGAAGGAGUACCUGAUACCGAUCAUAAUAAGGGAUUCCGGAAACCCGCACAUGUCGGGUACUUCGACGUUGACCGUGGUGAUCGGCGACGUAAACGACAACAAGAUGCAGCCUGGAGCGAAGGAGAUAUUUGUUUACAACUACGCUGGCCAAUCACCGGAUACCGACAUAGGCAGGGUGUUCGUUUACGACUUGGACGACUGGGACUUGCCGGACAAGAAAUUUUACUGGGAAGGCCUUGAACACCCCCAGUUCAAGCUAAACGACGAGUCUGGGAUGAUAUCAAUGAAGUCCGGGACCCACGACGGGAAAUACAACCUGAGGUUCAAGGUUUACGACAGGAAACACACCCAGACUGACGUCCCCGCGAAUGUAACGGUCACCGUUAAAAGCAUACCCCACGAAGCUGUUCUGAAUUCCGGCUCAGUCAGGAUAUCGGGAAUAACGGAUGAGGAUUUCAUUCGUAUUUGGAACUAUAGGACGCACGGGCUCUCACGAAGCAAGGCUGAUUUAUUCCGGGACAAGCUUGCGGAUUUAUUGAAUAUCGAGAGAGAGAAUGUUGACGUGUUCAGCGUGCAACUGCGCAGAAAACACCCACCUCUAACCGACGUUAGAUUCGCUGCUCACGGGUCACCGUACUACAAACCGGUACGAUUGAACGGAAUGGUUUUGAUGCAUCGCGAGGAGAUUGAAAAAGACGUUGGUAUAAACAUAACGAUGGUUGGAAUCGACGAGUGUUUUUACGAGAACCAAAUGUGCGAAGGCAGCUGUACAAACACACUGGACAUCAGCAAUUUACCGUACAUGGUGAACGCGAAUCGAACAUCCCUGGUUGGUGUCCGAGUCGACGUGAUCGCCGAGUGCACCUGCGGUGCUCGUAAUUUCAGCAAAAGCGAAUCCUGCAGGAACAGUCCAUGCUACAAUGGUGGACGAUGCGUAGAGGGACGUUUUGGAUUGUCCUGUCAGUGUCCCGCGGGAUAUAACGGUCCCAGGUGCCAACAGACCGCUAGGAGCUUUAGGGGAAAUGGAUGGGCUUGGUAUCCGGCUUUGGAAAUGUGUGAUAACAGCCACAUGAGCUUUGAAUUUAUUACCAGAAAAUCCGAUGGCCUACUAUUGUACAACGGGCCUAUUGUGCCUCCCGAAGCCGAUGAAGUUAUGGUGUCAGAUUUCAUUUCCGUUGAGUUGGAACGCGGUUAUCCAAGAUUGCUGAUCGAUUUUGGCUCUGGAACGUUGGAGCUGAAGGUAAAAACGAAACGCACUCUAGACGAUGGAGAGUGGCACAGGCUAGACGUGUUCUGGGAUACCGAGAACGUAAAACUGAUCGUCGACUACUGCAAAUCGGCCGAAAUAUCCGAAAGGGAAGAUGGAACGCCGCCAGAGUUCGAUGACUCGAGCUGCCAGGCGCAGGGAAUAGUUCCUCCCUUCAAUGAGUACCUGAACGUGAAUGCCCCGCUGCAAAUUGGCGGGUUAUACGUCGAGCAAUUCGACCCGGCCCACUACAAGUGGAAGUAUAUGCCAGUCGGAAAGGGCUUUGACGGCUGCAUCAAGAACCUCUUCCACAAUAGCAAGCUCUAUGAUCUGGCGCAUCCUGGACUCUCUAGAAACAGCGUAGCCGGCUGCCCCCAAACCGACGAAAUCUGCAACCACCAGGAGGCCACUUUCAGGUGCUGGGAGCAUGGCACCUGCGUCGGAAGCUUCUCGGAAGCUCGAUGCCACUGCAAUCCCGGAUGGACUGGACCCGGCUGCAUGGCACCAACCGUUCCGACCACCUUCAAGCCCCAAAGCUACGUCAAGUACGCCCUCUCCUUCGAACCAGACAAGUAUUCUACCCAAAUGCAGCUCAGAUUCAGGACCAGAGAAGUUCACGGUGAGCUGUUUAGGGUCAGUGAUCAGCACAACAGGGAAUACGGAAUCCUUGAGGUGAAGGACAGCCGACUGCACUUCAGGUAUAACUUGAAUAGUCUCAAGACUGAGGAGCGUGACAUUUGGCUCACGGCAAUCGCAGUUGACGAUGGCCAGUGGCACACGGUCAGAGUCUCGAGGUACGGAUCUGCCGCAACUCUCGAGCUUGAUGGCGGCGAAGGUCGUAGGUUCAACGAGACUUUUUCCUUCGAGGGUCACCAAUGGCUCGUUGUCGAUAAACAGGAGGGAGUGUAUGCCGGUGGUAAGGCUGAGUAUACGGGGGUUAGAACCUUCGAGGUCUACGCCGAUUAUCAGAAAGGAUGCCUGGACGACAUCAGACUGGAAGGAAAGCAUCUUCCUCUGCCGCCAGCAAUGAACGGAACUCAGUGGGGCCAAGCUACCAUGGCCAGGAACCUGGAGAAGCAUUGCCCGUCGAAUAAGCCAUGUGCAAACGUGAUCUGCCAGGGUCAGUUGGAGUGUGUGGAUUUGUGGAACGAAUAUGACUGCGCUUGCGGCGAAGGAAAGGUGCCGGGCCCGGACAACACGGGCUGUGUAGACAAAAAUGAGUGCAUUGAUGAUCCCUGCCUGCACGGGGGGAAGUGCAUCAAUCAAGAUCCUCAUUUGAGGUACAGAUGCGUCUGUCCCACUGGUUUCUGGGGUGAAAAUUGCGAGCUUGUUCAGGAGGGACAGACCCUUAAACUCAGCAUGGGAGCUCUCGCUGCGAUUCUAGUUUGCCUCCUCAUUAUUCUCGUACUCGUGCUCGUGUUCGUUGUCUACAAUCGGAAAAGAGAAUCUCACAUCAAAUAUCCCGGGCCUGACGACGACGUACGGGAAAAUAUAAUAAAUUAUGACGACGAGGGCGGCGGAGAAGACGACAUGACGGCCUUCGACAUCACGCCUCUACAAAUACCAAUCGGCGGUCCGUUGCCAGAGAUGACGGGAAAAUUGCCAACGUGUAAAAUAGCUUACCCUCUGGGACCAGAGCCAAACGUAGGGAUGUUCAUAGAAGAUCAUAAGAAACGGGCGGACAGUGAUCCCAACGCACCGCCCUUCGACGAUCUACGAAAUUAUGCCUACGAAGGUGGCGGAAGUACAGCGGGCUCCCUCUCGUCUUUGGCAUCCGGUACGGAUGACGAGCAGCACGAAUACGAGUACUUGGGUGCCUGGGGUCCAAGAUUCGAUAAAUUAGCCGAUAUGUACGGGCCGGUGGAAGAGAGCGAGGAGGAGGAGGAGAAUUGAGGGACGUCCCGAAGCCAAGAAACCUCUAAAUGAAUUUGAACGAGGAGAUGCGCGGGCGAUAUAAAAGGGCAUAAACACACCCACUUUUCUGGGUAUGAUGAUAAAAAUCCAACGUUGGGGGGGACGGGGUGAAUACCGAGUGAAGCGGAGGGUACGCGGGUAGUCAAUGGAUCUAAAAACUCUACAAAGACACUAUAUUACUUAUUACGAUACACGGUUUGUAAUAUAUAAUGAUACAUUACGUAAAUUAACUGCAAUUACUAUACAUAAUAGCCCAUAUAUUUACCUGUGUGGAUGUGAACACACGCGACGCGAAUACAUACACAAAUAUACAUACGUACAUACAUACAUACAUACGUAUACACAUGCAUAGAUAGACACGUACAUUCAUGCGUAAUUACACACCUUUAGUGGAUACGGUAAAUGUUUUGCCUGUGUUUGUAUAAUAUUGACAUCGAUAUUAACGUUAUACCUAAUUGAUAAUAUGAUGAUAAUGACGAUGGUGACGAUGAUCUCGUUCAAUUUAAGGUGAACUAAAAAAAUAGAAGAGAGAAAGGAGAAAAGAUUAACAGGAAAGGGGAAAAAUUAUAUAAAUACUAUUAGUUUCCAGAAGCGAAACUGAGAAUAAAGAAGAAAGAAAAAUAACUAAUUAUUAAAGAAAAAACAAUUAAAAACCAUACAAGUGUUGUAUAAACAAAGAGUGCAGGGAGCCUACGGCAUAUAUUGUAUGUGUUAUAUGGUGCGUACAAUAUAAUAUGUAUGUAGAAAAAUUUAACCGUCGCGAUUAAUUAACAGUUAUUAUUCUACACAUACUUAUACAGACAUACAUACAUACAUACGUACAUUCAUACAUGCGUACAUACAUACACUACACACAUUUAUAUUAUUCUGAAAACAGGAAUAUAUAUAUAAUUAUAAAUCAUCUAUAUAAUUCAUCCUCCUCAGCUCCAGCAAUCGCGAUUUCUACUAAUAUGAUUCAUAGGAAAUAUUAUCACGUUAUUGCGAAUAAAAUCACAGGUUUAAUAUAUACACGUAUAUAUUACUAUUAUAUAUAUACAUAUAUGCAUAUAUAUAUGUAUAUAUAUUAAUUAUUAUCAUCCUUAUUAGGACGUUUCUAUACAAGGAAAGGCGGGAUAAAUUUAAAUAAGUAGCUAAUUGUACCGAUACGAUUCAUGCAAUAAUUUUAAUUCACAAUAUAAAAACAAACAAACAAAAAAAAAAAAAACGAAAAUCGUAUAUGAUAUAUGUAUAUAUAUAAUACAUACCUAUACAUCCGACAUACAUACGUGACAUUUUAGUUAUUAUUAGUUAUGAAUUGAAUAUUCAUUUUAUUUAUUUUCCGAGUCUAAUUUAUACUGAUCAACGUAUACUCAUAUAACAUAUAUUAAUAACUAACUGAAAUACAGAGAGAAAUGUCACGUCAUCUGCCUGCGUGUUUUUUCCUCUACUUUUCCUUGGAAACGCUCAUAUAUGUUUUAUAUCUGAUUUUCGACGUUUCGAAAGUUUGUAUAACCGUCAUAAUUUUGAUCACGCAAAGCUCAAGGAACGCUGGCACGCGUGGCGUAUCUCUCCGGUCGUUGCCUAUUACCAAAAUUAUAGGCAUACGUCUCCGAUUUGCCAUACUAGAUAUUACUAUAUAAUAAUAUACAUAUAUACAUAUAUGAGUAUAUAUAUAAAUUUAUAGAGAAAAGAAAAAAAAAAAAACUUGAACGAAAAAAAAAAAAAUAAAAAAAAAAUAAGAAAAAGGAAAAGCGCAUGAGAGACGGGAGUUCUAUAUAUAUAUAUAUACAAUAUAUUAUUAUGUAAGAAAGUCUGAAAGAGUCGUUAGCAAGUACAUGUUUAAUUAUAUAAUUAAUUUAACACUAAAUUCAAACGAGAAUGUUGAUGACUAAGCAUAUGUUAAACAUUAUUAUUUCGUUAGAUAUUUAUAUCGAUUAUUAAUUUAUUUCUUUAUUUCAGUCCCUUUUUUCUUUUUUUUUGUUCUUUUUUUCAUUCCGUACAUUAUAGAUUUAUACAGAUACGUAUGUGAAGAGAAAGGGUUAUUACAUGUAAUUGUGAUUUCUGAUUUAUUUAUCAUUCUCACUUUACAUGCGAAUAGCUCACCGUAUCAUUUUUCUAAUUUUUGUCCAUUUCACGUACGAAAACUGACAAAAAAGAAAAAAAUUAGAAAGAUACCAAAAACCAAACUAAUUUUUCUUACCAA